AUGGUUUUGUCGCAACAAAAUGUUGAUCACAAUGAUUCUCCUUCUGAAGUACAACAUCGAGUGAAUCAUCAGAGGGAGAUCAUAUUGUCACGAGAGACUAAUGAUGUAGCUAUGGCUUGUGAGUUGGUAUUAUCACAUUCUUCACCACUCAUGCAACACUCGCAGAGCCCUAAUACUCCUUCACGUGAGUUACCUCUGAUACAAUCUAAUCAAUACACUCGCUCAAUCAUACGUGAAAUGGUAAGAAAAGAUGGAUAUAAGUGGAAAAAAUAUGGUGAGAAAAACAUUAAGAAGAAUGAACAUAAAAGAGCCUAUUACAAAUGCACACAUUCAGAUUGUCAGGCAAAAAAGAAAUUUCAUUGGUCAAAUGAUGGGACCGUCGAAUAUUUCAGUUACACCAAUCCGCACAAUCAUCCUAAUCCUCAAUCAAGCAUUGUACCACCAAUUGAUCAUGUUCUUCCUAUUGUUGAACACGGACCACAUCUACCCUAUUUGGCCGGUGUGGAAGUUCAAGACAACAAUACUAAUGCUACUAGAGCUAGCGUGUUAACUGGUGAACCUCACCUUGUUGUUCAGACUUCAAGUGCAAAUGAAGUUGUAAAUGAUGCAUAUCGCUGGCGCAAAUACGGAAGAAAAAUGGUUAAUGGAAAAACAAUUCAAAGAUUAAAUGAGCAUGAUACUCCCAGUGAAAAGUCUGAUGCAAAACUUGGCCACAUCAGACUUAAAUAG